AUGACCGCGCUUGUCAGAUCCGUUUCUGUUCCCUCCAAAGACCUACUCGGAAUUGCUCCUGAAGAUGAGCAAUUUUACAAGGAAUCGUCGAAGGGGACAAUCAGAUGCAAAGAUGGGUCAGGGCAAUUUACGAAAUCUCAGCUCAAUGACGACUUCUGCGACUGCCCCGAUGGCACUGACGAGCCAGGAACAUCAGCGUGUCCAAAUGGGAAAUUCUAUUGCCGGAAUGCAGGACAUACUCCAUUUUUCAUAUAUUCUUCUAGGGUCAAUGAUGGUAUUUGCGGAGCUAAGCAUGAUAACAUGGGUAUGAGUAUGAUGGAUGGCUACUAG